AUGGGAACAGUGUAAAUAUGAUUCAGAGGCGAAAGUGACGCUCAGGAAAUAAACGCAGUUGUGAAAUGUGGUGGUGGGCUUGGUGGUGAAGCUGGGCAUCAAUGAACAAGUAUGGAAAAGUUUGCUGUUGAUUUGGAUGCUGUAUUGGAUGAAUUCGAGCUAAAUGAAGACCAAGCUGAAGUAGCAGCUGCAAGACUUCAGAAGCAGAUUGAACAAGGGCGCCUAGAGAUCGCUUCAUCUGAUAACACACCAGGGAGUAGUUAUGCGAACUCGCCCCGGUCUUCGUUCGCGCACGUGCACGAUGACCCUGGUCGCACUGUGUCGCCGCUCGCUCGGCUCUCGGCCGGAUUUGAACCCGCCGCCGCAACUCUGACGUCAACCAAUCACGGAGCAUCGUCUGAUCCAGCGGCCAAUCACCGUGCGCCUACUGAUACGACGGCCAAUAGCAGUUCUCUUGCGGACGCGGUAGCCAAUCACGCUUUGCCAUCGAUUUCUUCAGCCAACCACUUCCCGGGACCAGGAAUCGCGUCAACUGAUGGUGCCAGAAUCCCGGAUGUUGUGGCUAGCCCCGCCCACUCAUCAUCUUGCUCCAGUAACACAGAAUCCCCGGAACACUUCACGGCACAAUCGCGGCCGGUCAACGGGGAACCAAAGGCAGUGCCAUUUGUUGAAGAAUCGGCGAAAUCUGUACCAUCUCCGGACGCAGAAAACUCCGCCGCAUUGGCAGCCAACGAACAGAGAGCAAGUAUCAGUCCACCUGCGGCACCGCCUGUGCUUGCGAUACCGAGCUCAUCUUGCAGUGUUUCUGAAGAGCCGAGCUCUACUACAAAACCAGCGAGGCCUCCCGUCGUGCUGCAACCUGACGCACAGUUUCCCGCGAAUGCCGCUGAGGGUGUGAAGGCGGACACUCCCGAGAAGGCUGCCGGUCCACCAUCAGUCCUUGUCGCGACUGGUACGCUCUCCUCCCUCACGCAGCCACCGGUGGCUGCGCUACCCGGAGACACAGGCUCCCGUGUGAUGGCGGCUGCCCAACACUCUGGUGCUCGGGACGAUAGGCUCCCUGACUCUCCGUCACGUGAUGUGCCCGCCGAAGCUGAGGGUGGAACAGACAGUGGUGUGGAGGCUGAACCUGUGACCGAGCCACAGACUGAGACGCAAACUCAGGAGAUUCGUCAGCCGACAGAGGACACUGGCCACUCUGUCAGCACAGGGCUGAUGUCUCAGAGUGAUGGCCCUGAGGAGAAGGCAGAUUCUCUCCAGAAGGACCCGUCUCCGAGCCCCGUCACGGAUGUCCCCGAUGUUGUCAGUGCCUCUCUGGGUCGUGCAUCCAGUCCGCCGUCCGCCGCUUCGGGCUCCCCAUCGUCGCCGGUUGAGUCUACCACUCCUCAGAUGGCUAAAUCUACCGCUGCACUGACUGCUGAUCCUGCCCCUCCACCAGCGCCUGAGUGUGCCCGUCCAGCAGCCGUUGAGUCUGCCGCUCCGGCGACCACCGACGCUCCGUCCUCGCUGCUGGCUCAGGUGGCUGCCGCGCCGUCUCCGCCCGCCACAGCCCCGACGGCAGCCGCCGUGCCGGCCGCGGCUCCGACAGUCGCGGCCCCUCCCGCUGCCGCUAAGACCACCCCAGAGCCAGCUGAGAUCGACCAGGAGCCGGCUGAAGCCGAGCAGGAGCCAGCUGAAGCCGAGCAGGAGUCGGCUGAAGCCGAACAGGAGCCAGCUGAAACCAAGCAGGAGCCGGUGCGGUUCCGUCCCGCCGACGAUGUCAGCGACUCCGAGCUGGAGACUUACCUAGAGGAGCUAGAGGGCGACGAUACGGGUGGCAACGCGGCGCCCAGUGAACCCGUCGGCGGCGCACGCCCCAAGAUAUCCCCCGCGGCACCCGUCGAGCCGCCCCCUCCCUCCCCUCCCCCGCCGCCGGAGCAGGCAGCUCCCUCCAGCCCGGCAAUGCACCUGCUGAAGGGCGGCGUCAUCUCCAGACUACAGAGCCAAGUGUCGAUUGAGUGUGAGGUGGAUAGUCGGAACACGCGGGCGCCGGCGGAGUCAGGUCGUGGAUCGCCACCGCCGCCACCGCCGGCGGGAGCGGCUCCUGUGCGACCCAACAGCCUGGAUCUGACGUCAUCGUGCUCGCAGCCAAUCGCCGAACAGCCCGAGAUUCGGGAGACAGACGAACCCACAGCAGACUCAGCCGCCGAUGUCGACUCCACCACCGCCGCUCAGUCCCCGCCUCCUCCCGCGGCUGACGAGGACGACGCAUCGGCCGCGACGACCCAGGAGAGCGUCUCGACGACGGGCGGCAACAUUGUUACGGCUCCCGGGGCGUACGAGGAGGCCCGGCUGGCCGCCGGCCGGCCGGCCGCCGUUCCCGCACCCUCCGGCGGAGCCACUCCACCCCGUGGCCAGCUCGUCAGUCUCUCCGAUGAGGACAAGAAUCUGGGAAAGGUGGCGCCCGUCUGGGUACCCGAUGAAGAUGCGGUGGCGUGCAUGGAGUGCAGCCUGCGCUUCACGGUGAUCCGGCGCCGCCACCACUGUCGCGCCUGUGGACGGCUCCUCUGUAGCGCCUGCUGCUCCGAGCGCAUCUGUCUCGACUACAUGGAGUUCCGCGAGGGUCGCGUCUGCUCCCGCUGCAAACGAACCAUCGAUAGAGUCCAACAGGAGAGCCGGGUGGUGUCUGCCGGCGGCGCGUCGCCCUCCCACCACCAGAUGGCUCGGCCGCCCAACCCCAACAACCCGAUGGAGUACUGUUCGACGGUGCCUCCCACCCAGCAGGCGUCUCACAACGCGCCGCCGCCGACCGUGAUGGUGCCCAGCGGCGUGCUGAAACGGAGCGAGAACUCUGGCGGCCGCACGCCGUCACGGGAGGCCAAACAGGUGAUGUUCAGUGACGGAAUCCGACCCGGCGGCGACCUGACCGAGCCAGCCCGGCCGAGCGGCCAGCGGGGCGCGGGAGCUGACCCGGAGUUGAGGCGGCCUCCUCACCGGCGCACCGCCCGGCUCGGCCGCGGCCCCGACCGGUCACCGGCGGCCAUUCUGAAGGACGCCAAGGGCUGCAAGGACCUGGCGUGGAAGCCGGAGAGCGGCAAACUGCCACCCAUCUACCAGGCCGGCUCCGCCGGUUCAGCCGUCAAACAGUCCACGCCCGAGGAGACGAUCGUAUCGAUGAUACGGGCCGAGCGUGACCUGCCCUGGUCGUUCCUCAUCAACAAAAAUCUCAUGGUCGUCGUCAAGAUGUUCAAACUGGACUGCUGCGUGGGCCGCACGUGCUGGAUCUUCACCUCGCACGGCCUCUCGACCGUCGGCCAGGAGGAGGUUGUGGUGAUCCUGGAGAGUCUGCCUGACGAGGCCGCUCUGCCCAAGGACAUAUUCUUCUUCUACCAUCACCUGUUCGCCGAGGCCGCCAAAGGUCACUUUGUGACAGAGCUGGGCAACACUCUGUUUUCCGCGCCGUUCCUCGGCUCCAAGGACCACGGCGGCUUUCUGUACCUGCGACCAACAUUCCAGUGUCUGCACAACGUGCCGACGCCGCCGCAGCCCUUCCUUGUUGCUGUGCUGAUUCAGAAGUGGGAGGCGCCCUGGGCUAAAGUGUUUCCACUACGACUGCUGCUACGGCUGGGUGCCGAGUUCCGCUACUACCCGUGUCCUCUGGUCAGCGUACGACACCGCAAACCUGUGUUCUACGAGGUCGGGCACACCAUCAUCAACCUGCUGGCGGACUUCCGUAACUUUGCCUACGUGCUGCCGACGGUGCACGGCAUGCACAUCCACAUGGAGGAGCAGGAGACGUCCGUGCUGAUCCCCAGGAACCGCUUCAACCAGGUGCUGAAGGCGAUCAACAACAGCAACGACCACGUGCUGGCGCUGGGCGCUAGCUUCUCUCGCGAGGCCGACAGUCACCUGGUGUGUAUGCAGAACGAGGACGGCCAGUACCAGACGCAGGCCAUCAACAUCCAGAACCGGCCCAGGCAGGUGACGGGCGCCAGUUUCGUGGUGUUUAACGGAGCGCUGAAGUCGGCCGCCGGCGUCACAGCCAAAUCGUCCAUCGUCGAGGACGGCCUCAUGUUUCAGAUCAGCCCCGACACGAUGGAGACUCUCCGCGGCAACCUGCGGCAGAUGCAGGACUUCAAGAUUGAGUGUGGCCCCGUCGGACAGCCCCCUGACGAAGUCAUCAACAUCAAAUGGGUGGAGGACGACCGCAGCCACAACCUCGGAGUCCGAAGCGUCAUUGACGACAAGCCCCUGGACGGCAUUCCUUCGAUCCGCGUCCACUCUGGCACAGACUACGUCGGCGACUCGAAACUGAUCCGAUGGACAGAGGUGUAUCUGAUCAAGGUAACAGAGUCUGUAGCGCGAUCGAGCAGUGAGCCACCCGACUUCUCUCGGCUGGCUGAGGAGGUGGCUCGUGGCACCUGCGUGGCCCUGACGCCCCACCUGCCGCUGCUGGCUGACUCCGAGAGGACUCGGAUCGGUCUGCGUGCUACGGUCGAUCGAGACACGGUAUGCUACGAGGCGGGCAGCAACGGCGAGGCGCUGCCGCCCUCCUGCAUGAGUUUGCUGGACUCUGAGCUGGUACCCGUUCUCCACCGGUACGCCGCGGAGGUACCCGACAGUCCCACGUGUCUGGAGCUUCUGUUCCACGUUAUCGAUCGCUGAUGACGUCAGAUUUGAAGGUGUGGUAGAGGAGACGACACGUGCAUGGUGUAACACGCGAACAUAGGGCUGAAUUACUCAGCAGUCGGCGGGUAACUCGGCAGCGGAAUUAUAAUGGUGCUUUUGCGUUAUUUUUGUUUGUUUCUGGUGAAUGAUUUGAAAGUGAUACUGAGUGCAGCGAUAAUUUCAGUUGCGUUCUAUGUCGUUUGGUGUGAGAUUAGUGACAAGAUUUGGUUGCAGACAUGUGGGAUCGUGGCUGCCGAUAUGAGGAACGCGAUCAUGCGAUCGGGAAGCUUUGUAAUUGUAGUACGCAGCACUUGUUUAUGAUGUAGUAACGGCUUGUAACGAACGCACUGCCGAGCGAAUGAACGUACCCGAACUGACGCGAUGUUGUAAUACGUAUCUACUGUGAAUAUGCCAGAGUUCUAUUAUGCCGUGGGCGCAGCCCUGUGAAAAUGACAGGGACACAGUCAUUGGAGUCAUGCAAUGCUGACGUUGCACAGUGAUGAGAUGUGAAUCUGACGCACUAUGAUAAUACUGAUGUGUGAUGUGCGAACAUCUGUGAUGUGAGCUGGGGCGACCGCUGCUGUGAUGUGACCGCGCGUCCGUGAUGUGUGAGUGUGGGGGAGGACGGCAUAUGAGUCGCUGUAGUCCAGUUACGUCAUAUGAGGCCUGUGGUCCAGUGACGUCAUUAGCCGACCGUCGAGGUACUAGCGUAGCUGUGGGAGCCUCUGCGCGCCGCGAACGGCAGAGGGCACUGUAACCGGGCGGUGGCAACCCGUGCUCUAUAAGGUGCGGGCUGUCCCGCCGACAGGGCUCAGCCUUCUGCGAUGUCAGGCAAGACCCUGCGCCAGCGCUGACUGUUAGCGCACCUGUGACAGCUUUUGCCGUGUGCUUCGGCGCAGAGGAAGCGCAUGUCGGCGACGGCGCAGGACGGGGUCUCGCCCUAGGUUCUUUCCUGUGCAGACCCCACGGGCUGUUACUCGAAGGUGGAGGACCGCGUUACGCAGCCUGAGUUGCUCGGUCGUCCUGUGCUCUGUGCUCGCCGCGUGCUCCGGUGCUCCGGUGGAACCCAUGCCAUGUGUAUAUACUCCAUUUAUGAUGCUUGGGUGGCCUAUGCGACUUUCUGGUGCGCCGAGGGAUGUGGGCUCGAGUGCUGAUACCUGCUUGCUUCCCACGGCGCAUUAUGUCUAUUCAGUUGGUCUGGUAUAUUCAGUGAUUAACCUUGUUUUACCGGGGGUUACUGCGCUGUAUAGUUGGCGUUCGUAUAGUGAUGCCAGAGCAUGUAUCGUCAGCAAUACACUGUAUUUUAAACAAUAAAGGCAUAAUGAAUAGA